ACCCCUCGUGUGGGAAAAGAAGUCCCGCCAAGGAAAGUCCCCUUUCACAUGCUAAUUCUGGGUUAUAAAUACAGCAGAGGAGCAGUGGAGCAGCAAAGAGCCUGUCUGGAAAGGGAACGACCCACUGCCUGGGUGCCUCCUUCCCAUCCCAUCCUCCCGGUGCCCAGGGUGGGCAGGUUGGAUUACAAUGACCGCUGCAGCCACCACCGGUGGCACCCACAAGCUCACCUGCACCAAGGAGGAGAGGAAGUUAAGGAAACCCCUCAUUGAGCGGAAGCGAAGGGAAAGGAUUAAUAACUGCUUGGACCAACUGAAGGAGACUGUUGUGGGUGCAUUUCAUCUGGAUCAGUCUAAACUGGAAAAAGCAGACAUCCUCGAAAUGACAGUGAAGCACCUCCAGAACAUCCAGAGCAGCAAACUGAUGGCUGACUCCAAGGUGGGUCUGGAAGCCCAGCAGAGGUACAGCACCGGGUACAUUCAGUGCAUGCACGAGGUGCACAACCUCCUCCUCACCUGCGAGUGGAUGGACAAGACCCUCGGGGCGCGCUUGUUAAACCACCUGCUGAAAUCCUUACCCAGGUCUGGUGAAGAUACCUGCAAAGCAGCAGUAAGGUCUUCAAGCCCAUCACAGCAACCUCCCUUGAUGCCAAAAAGCCCCCUGAGCCCUAAGGGGAGCACUCAGGGAACAAACCCAUCACAGGAGCACUUCUGCCCUGCAGAGAACAAGCAGGUUUCAAAAAAUUCCUUCCAGCUGCUGCCAUUGUCGGUUUUCAGCCAGGUUGAGGCUGCACCUCCCAGACAGGUCCUGCAGCCAAAUUUUUCCCAUAACAACUCUAGAAUGGGGUCAUUAGAUAUGUGGAGACCAUGGUAA